AUGCAGGAGCAGCCUAAAGGCACCACCUCAACUGAAGUUCACGAAGAAUGGAAGGAGAGAGCUCCUUACCAAAUCCACACCCGUCAUGAGCACUUUCCCGUCCGCUAUGAGGCGAGCUGCCAUUGCGGAAAGGUCACAUACCAGCUCAAGAGAGAUAGGCCUUUAGACUCCAAACUCUGCCAUUGCACAACAUGUCAAACUCAGCAUGCCGCGCCUUUCCAGUGGGCCGCCAUCUUCCACAAAGAAGACAUCAAUUUCACCAACGGACAUCAUGAUCUCGAGUGGUAUGAUCCUUCAGAGAAGACAACCAAGCAUAAGCUGCCAUGCAAGGUGCGAUGCAAGUGGUGCCAUUCGCCCAUCAUGGACGAGGGCAGAAAUAUGAUACUCUUGUUCCCCUCAUUGAUUCACUUCAAGAGCAAGGAAGAUAGAUUAAAGUUCGAGCCGAGAUGUCAUAUGUUUUACGGCCAACGCGUCAUGGACAUACCUGAUGGUAAGCCAAAGUGGGCCGGCCUCAACAAUGACAGUGAGCAGAUACUAGAGGAUAAGCCGAUCAAUGAGAAGGAGCAAUACUCUCAGGGGUAA